AUGAGCCGGGAAGCGAUCUCUCCUGGAACUGCCAGUCAGGAAAUGAACGAGUGUGACUCCGCUGAAGGUACAGCGGUGGGGAUGGACAUCCCCAGUGCCUCUGAAGACCAAGGUGAGAAUACGGGCAACGUAGGAUGUGGGACUCCAGCUUCCGAAGAAGAGAACGCGGCAUCUGAUGUGAAAGUGCCAUCUUCGCGUGCCUUGGACCAACCAGUUAUGGGUAGGAAAUCCACAACCGUCCAGAUGUCACCAUUGUCUGUACCUGUUUCUUCGGGUUGUUCUGAUAGUUCGGCCGAUCCAGCAGACCUUCGACGCCCUUCCGAUGGCUCAGCCGCAGAAUGGGACUGCCUUAUCUGCUUUAACCGGUACAGUUGCAGCCGGCAGCCCAAGGUGCUCGCCUGCCGGCACGUCUUCUGUGCAGUCUGCCUGAAGCUGAUGCUGCGGAACGAAGACGGCGCCUGGAGAAUUGCUUGUCCUGUCUGCCGGAAAGUCACCACUGUCUUCGGAGGGCUGAUCUGCAGUCUUCCCGUUAAGGUAGGCGUUGGGCACUCGGGCGAUCCUGGCCCAAACACAGAGAUGCCUUUUGCUCCAGAUGCUCUGAGUGGGACCCUGGUGAUUCAGAGCGCUUUCUCUAUCAGCCAAGGUGAAGAACGCAGCACCAGGGUGGCUGCCAAGAGGCUACUGUUUCUUCUGCUGCUCUUGGUGAUCCUCAUCAUCUUCAUUCUCCCCAUAAUGUACGGCGGCCUUAUGAAGUGGGUCCUUUGCGUCGCUGUCGCUUUAGGAUUGAUCAUGGCAGGGGUGCUUUGUUGCGAUCCUAACUGGCGUUGCCGCUGCCCAAAUGUUUUACCCCCCUUCUGGUGA